GCCGAAGUCCCGAGUGGCUUCGAGACAAGGAAGAGAAGCCACGCGACUCACUUCAGCCAGUCAGUCAGUGGUCAGUGGUGUCAGCUUCGUUGUGGUGUACGUGUGAGUCUUCUGUGUUUUCUUGGACGCUUAUUUGGGCUCUAGGUGAACCAAGACUCUCCCAAAGCUUGUCCACAGUGGUCAGCAGGAUUGACAAGGAGAAAUUUAAGCAGUUGGUCGAGUUACUGAGGCUCUCCAUUCAGAAGCAAAAUACUAAUUACCGUCGUGCUAUUGAAGCAGAAGAAAGACUGGCCAUUUAUCUAAGAUAUGUUGCUACCGGUGAGUCCUUCGCUUCCCUUGCGUUCCAAUUUCGUGUUGGGAAGAGUUCAGUGCAGAGAAUUAUCAAAGACACCAGUGAUGCCGUAUGGGAGGUGUUGCAGCCGCUCUACAUGGCAGUACCGGACCAUCAGAAGUGGGAAGAAAUUGCAAGACAUUUCUUCGAAAAGUGCAAUGUCCCAAACUGUAUCGGAAGUGUGGACGGAAAGCAUUGUCGAAUGAAAUGCCCACCAAAUGCAGGCUCACUCUUUCAUAAUUACAAGCAGUAUCACUCUAUUGUACUAAUGGCUAUUGCUGAUUCAAAGUGUUGUUUUACUCUCAUUGAUGUUGGCGCAUAUGGUCGAAAUAGUGAUAGUGCAGUUUUCAGUAACUCUAAUAUUGGUAAGUCCUUUUUCUCUGGGCAGUUAAAUAUCCCUCAGCCUACUGAAAUAGCUGGUACAAACAUCAAAACACCUUUCUACCUCACUGGUGAUGAAGCUUUCCCUUUGAAGCCCAAUUUAAUGAGACCCUAUCCCAGAAAAGACCUAGAUUACCCUCAAAAAGUAUACAACUAUAGGAUUAGUAGAGCCAGGAGAACCGUCGAAUGUGCUUUCGGCAUGUUAACACAGAAAUUUGGUGUACUAAAAACAUCAAUGGAAACAAGCGUUGAGGUAUCGCAAGCAAUAGUUAAAAGUAUCUGUGUGCUUCAUAAUUUCGUCCACUAUGACGAUAACCUGACCCUUUACAGUAAUACUAAUGAUGCGAUUGAUGACAACCACGAGAACAUUAGGAGCAUGUCACCAACAAGAAGUACACGACCUACAGUAGAGGCCUUGUCCAUUCGCGACGCCCUAAAACAUUAUUUUGUCUCACCAGGUGGAGCUGUUGAGUGGCAGGACAGAAGCAUUCACUAAUGAACACACUACACAUUGAGUUGUUGUUUAUUAUGCUGUAUUGUUUAUAUUUUUAGGUAUAACGUUUUUCUAUUUCAUCUGUGUAAAAUUCGUUCACAUUUGUUCAAUUGCAGCGCACACAGUGUGCAUCAGUAUGCUUCUAUUGUAACAGUCAAGAAUAUUCCAUACUCAGUUAGAUAAGUA